GGUAUGGAGGCAAGCAUUGAGCAGGCAUGUUGCAGUGUUUUCUGGGCAUGUUUUUAUUUUUUUCCGAUAAUAGUUGUUUACUGAUUAGACAUUGGUGAAAUUUUCAAAUACCACACCUAAAAGUGAAUGAUUAUUCUAAGCGAAUAUUCGCUUAAUAAAAACUAUAGAGCUUAACGUAAUGAGUAAAAGGCUUAUGAGUAAAAACAGUCAAAAUGAACUUUCAAAACCAAAAAAACAUUGGUCAAUGGGCUUAGUGGAAUCAAUGAAAGAUGCAGACUUGAUUUAUAAAGAUAGUGACCGGAUUGUCGUUAUUAGAGACAAAUAUCCUAAGGCUAAGAUACAUUUUCUUGUGUUACCAAAGGAAAAUAUUACUAGUAUUUAUAAAUUGACGACCAAGGAUGUGGCUCUUUUACAAGAAUUUGGUGAAAUAUUAAAAAUGAUACAAAUAGAACAUAAAAACCAUCAUCUCAAUGCUGGUUUCCAUGCAGUACCAAGUAUGCAAAGACUUCACAUGCACAUAAUCAGUAAAGAUAUGGUGUCUCCAUGCCUAAAAACCAAAGUGCAUUGGAAUAGUUUUACUACGGCUUUAUUUAAACCUUAUAAUGAUGUUUUGGAAGAAUUAAAAAAAUAUGGGUCUAUUAAAGAAGUAGCUAAUGAAGAAUACAAAACAUUAAAAUCAGCACCACUUAAAUGUAAUCAAUGUAGUUAUGUACCUAAAAAUAUUCCUCAACUUAAAGAACAUUUAUUAACCCAUUUGUAGUUGAAAUUUUGGCAUCCGGAAGUUACAGGUGUCCUGACACAGGGGGAUUUAAUCUUGUUAGUAUAAAGGAACAAUAAAAAAUGUGAUUCAGUCAAUACUUUUUAUUUUCAGUUUUGUGUACAUACUAAAAUUGUAAGUACAAGUAAAAGGGCUUAAUGAUGGAAAAUAUUUUAUUUCAUUCUAAUCCUGUCAGUUUUCUCCUGAAAUUUUGCUUUUCUAAAAAUGCUAAAUUCAUAUUUUUUGAAUAGAAUCUACUUAUAUUUGUCCGCUAGAGACAUGAUUUUUUGUAUUUCUUAAAAAAAUAUUUUAAUAUCAGUGAUUUGUCAUUGAAAAAAUAAAAAGU